AUGUACGGUGUUUUGGCUACUGAACCUCCACAACCGCAAUACGUCUGCAAGAACUAUGGCAAAAGCUGCAAGGUUCAUGCCAUGGCAGAUGUUAUUACCAGUGCUUCUAAGAGUCUUGACGCAGAUUCCUUCUCUACCUAUGACGACAUAGAAAUUUGCAGACAACCUGCAUCAAGUUUCUAUCAGUUCUUCUCGCAAGACGAUGAUGCACCCUCCCUCACCUGCCUACUUGUAGCCGCUAGUCGACUCAUCGCUGAGCUAUCGCAAACGAGAGCUGAACUUCAGAAAGCCCAAGAGGAAAUCAGCCGACCCCGACUGCAAGCUUCCUCUCGAACUAUCCACUCUGACUCCUCACUUGAUAAACUCCAAUCCCUUGAUUUCCUCUUUGCUGCCCAUUCAUUUACUUCCUGGAUAAAAAGUCAGCUUAUGAUACAGCUGAUUGUUGCAGGUUAUGGGAAGCCUUGCAACCCAUUACUCAGCCAACGCUUCUUGCAUUAUUACAGAAUUUAUUCGAUGAUGUGCACAUAG